ACUGUUACUUGAUCAAUAAUGAAGUUAGAUUGUCAGCUGUUCCUUCCCACUGAUGCCAAAAGAUCUUGUCUGGAAAGGAUUUUUCUUUGACUGUGAAGUAUUGUCCUGAGUUCUACAGAUACCUAUGUAAACCAACCAACCAAAGCUUCAGCAGAAGUGAGAGGACAAAAUAACAUAAUGUUGUCUGAGAGAUGGACAUCAUCAACCCAUAGACAGUCUUCUUGAAAAUAAACAAACAACACUUCACUGAGACCCUCAGUUACAUUUUGAGAGAAGCUCACCUGUGGCCAAGAUGAGCAGCUCACCGUCUGUCAAGUACCAGCCGCUGUCCCAGUGGACGGCCAGUGACGAGGAGGACGAAGGUUUUGACGACAACGUUCUCUACGACUCGCGGCUAGUCAACGGGCCCACCAUGGACAGAAGGAAUGUGUUUGAGCUGGAGAGACUGGGCCACCCUAGGUCUAGUAGGUCUUCCACCAGUGUGCAGUACGCUGGGAGUAGUCGGAGGACGUGUGUUCUGGUCACCGUGCUCAUGGUCAUCAUCCUGGGCGCUCUCGCUGCCGUGUUGUUCCCCCUGCUCAACCACGCGUUCAACCACGGCAAGGUCAUGGACAUCUCUGCAGGCCACAACUCACAGGACUGGACCAGGGCCUUCAAAGAUUCUUGGACAGAGUCGAACAUCAGACAGAUGGAUGUGAAUGGCGAUGGAGCAGAUGACAUCCUGAUUGGUGUAGCAGAUCAAAGUGCGAUACUGUCCUUGCUAAAGAAACCCUCGGAUGUCGCGAUGAAGAAGCAUUGUGCCUUGAAAGGCACUGAGUACCCAUGUGGAGGUCAUUUGGUUGCGCUACGCGGCUACGAUGGGAAGGAGCUGUGGAGGACAGCCACUCGCUCGGUGGUGAUACACCACAGCUGUGCUGACAUUGACGUCAACGGAGACGAGGCCAAUGAUUGUCUGGUCACGGGGCGGCACUCCACGUGUCAGGCUGUGGACCUCCAAACAGGCAAACUGCUGUGGGUGAUUGACCCAGACUCGGUGACGUGGUCCUCACAUUUUGUUCCCGACUGGAACGUCUACCAGGCAGUGACCAUCCCCGACGUGGAUCUGGAUGGUACUCUGGAUAUUGUUCUUUCCCACGGUGGAGACAAGGACAAAGAACCGUGGGAUCAUGAGAGAGCAGCAGGACGGCUCAUCAUUCUGUCUGGCAGAUCCGGUACUCCCAUUGGUGCCUACUAUCUGGAGCUUCCGCCGAACCAGGAAACGUACAUGCCUCCGGUGAAGUACGUAGCAGACACGGGAGCUAUUUAUAUCCUCUUUGGCUCUGGAGGGGAAACAAUGCCAGGUAAUUUAAUGGCAAUUUCUGUCCCGGAUCUAUAUAAGAUUGUAUCCGGAGGAAAUCCUAUGCCAAAUGUAGACCUGUCUUUGUACACCUGGCUGAAGGAUGUGGAUGAAAGAGGAAUCUCUGUCUUAUACAGUGAUAAAACAAAGGGAGUAAUGGUCCCCCCGGUUUUGGUUGAUGUCAACAAUGACGAGCAGCCUGACAUUUUGGUGACCACAUUUAGCGGGGAAGUGGCGUUGAUAGACGGGAGUUCCCUCACAACGACAUGGGCUGUUCAUUUCACAGGCAUGGAGACCUACAGCUCUCCAAGUCCUGGCUUUUACAACGAUGAUUCUGUGGUGGACUUCCUUGUCCACUUCAAUGAGGGGGAAUGGGACACUUACAAUGGUUCACAGACUCUGGUGUUGAGCGGUACAGAUGGGUCCACGCUCUGGACUUUUGAGGGCAGCAGCUACUCUUAUUCCUCCGAUCUUUCUCUCCGUACAUCGGUGGAAAACCUGGAUGCUUUCAUAGUAAAAGUUGUCGGUCGAAAUGCCUCGGACAAAAGCUGGCAAGUGGAAACGGAUUUGAAUUAUAAGAGAAGGCAUCUUGCUCCUGAGAAAACUGUCAAUGAGGAUUUACAUGCCAAUUUUACUGAUGAGGAAUUUCAACUUAUGUGCUCUCAAGUUGAGCAGGAUAUGCAAUCAAAACACCCUAGCUGUGAUCGAGAUUUAUCAGCCGUCAGGCAAGAAGUCUUGCUUUUUGAUCGGCUGACGUCAACAACUCCUCUGAGAAUAUUGGAAGAAAAGCCGCUCCGACAUCACUAUCAAUUGCCCCACAAGCCAGGGAGCCGCCAUUGUCACCCCCUGUCGGAGCGAUACAAGGACAAAGUGAGCUUAUGUUCCGUGCUGAUACCUUCCAGCUACACAGGUGCUGUUGGUGAUGUGGAUGGCGAUGGUCUUUUGGACUACACCCACAUCAGCCAGAUGACGGGGUUUCUGCAGAGUGACACGUUUGACAUCACCAGCUCCGUCUCCCAGGUGAUAGUGUCCAGACACAGCCUCAGAACUGCCGUAGCCGAGGGAGAGCUUGUGUCUCUCAACAUCAGUCAGGCUAGUCCGGAAUCCGUCGUUUCUGAUCCACUGCAACAUUUUCAGUCUCUGAGAUUCUUGCCAACUUUUUCACAAGUGUGGACGGAAUAUCUCGGAUCCAAAGGAAAUGAUUGGUAUUAUUUUCCUCCCUAGUUGACCGUAAUGUUCUGUUGCUUUGAAUGGGAAUUUGUUUUGUCUGUCGUCUGCACUGAUUGUGUUCAUGGAUAUCUUUGUAUAACUCCAGCCUUUCUUUUUAACACUGAUGUUGGAGGCCCUUAAUACAAAGAAUGCUUUAAUACAAGUCUGGUCUAACAUGUAAUUUAAUCAAACCACGAGAGGUUGGAUCACUUGAGAAAAUCACCAACUCAAUUUGUAUUUAAGCUUGAACACAAGACAUUUAGAUCCACUUUAAUUUUUUUGUGUUGAGGUUUUUGUACAUCUUUUUGGUGAUUUUCUUUUGUGGUGUGAUGUUAAUGAAGUUUUGGAUGUCUGGAAUGCAAUUUAAAAAACAACAACUUUGAAAGUCUGAAAUUUGUUAACCUGUUUUUUAUGUCUGAGAGUUAAUGGUCUACUAAUGCAUUAUGGAGGUGAUUUCAUAUUGUCUUUUAAGAGUUCAAAACUUUUUAGAUCCACGUUUGAAUAAAUCUUCCACACAUAUUAUCACUUCUUUGGUUGUUCAGGAGCUGGGAGCUAUGGUUUAAACUACUAUCUCCAAUCACAAGCUUGCGGCAAUGAUGUUUUUCAAGAAAAAACGGGAAAAGAAUCUAUACAGACCGCUGGAACCACUUUGUCCAUUCAGCUUGUAGCUUUAUAGAGAGUAGACAUGUACUCUAUCAGUACCUAAGUAUUUGCACCUCUCUUAUGAUUUCCAUCUAUUUUUUAAAUAGAAAUAGCAAUUCAUUUUGCAGUGUUUUACUAUCUGCUUUUCAAUGAUUUUAGAAACUUUUCAUUUUUUACACUGUUCUUUUUCAGUUAAGAGGACUGCUCUUACCAUAGCCAGUCCUUUUGUUGCUUGUAAUUCAAUGGCUGGAUGCAAGUCUCUAACAAAUGUCGAAUUGCUUCAUGGUGUUUGUCGGAAUCUAGCAUCCAGCUGUUCGAUUUGGGGUUAUCUCUAAUAUUGUAUACAUUCAACUCUAUUUUUUAACUUUUAAAUGACAAAAGUCUUUGUUCUCGUUAUGAAAGGAUGCCUGUUGUGGGUAAUAAAUCGAGCCAAAUCUACUUUCUGAUGUCUUUUUUUAAAGUGAAGGACUGAUGUGUCAUCCUUCUUCUUGGAAGUUGUUCAGGUGUUUUUUUAUCAAGAACCGAACCAUAUCUGGGAUGGUGGGAGAAAAACUUCCUUUUUUUCCCCUCUGUAAAAACCGGUAGCCUACCCCCUUUCUAUCUGAAAGAACAGAUUGAUUGCUUUUAGAUAGUGAUGAGUUGUGAAAAUGAGAAAGUACAAUGUAACUCUCAUGUAUGUACCGCCUCCCUGAUAUAAACCAACAUUCCCAUAAUUGCUUUAUGUGUGUGUGUGAUUGUGGGUUUUAAAAAUAUCUGGUUAAAUAUGAUAUGUUAAAUUAUUCUUUUUUUGGUUUUGAGAGGAAGUGAAAAAGGUAACUAAAA